AUGGACAAAAAAUACGGAGAGGAAGGAGAAAAGGCAAACAAAAUCACCAAAAUUCACAACAUGUCCUCCUCCUCACUAAGAGAAACUCGAAUUAAAUUAGAUGCCACAUUAUAUCCCUCUGAUUGUCUACAAAACGUCAAACCGGACAAUAUGAGAUGUUGGAAAGGAAGUGGAAAAGAGGAACUUGCAUAUUCUACUAGUGGGAGUGAAAAUGAAUACAACUGUUUUGAUGUCAAAUUACCAAUAUCCAAGCCUGACCAGCUCACCAGAGUCUCAGGUAUCCUGGGGUUCCAAGAAGAGAACCUGCAGGGCUCUUGGGUGGGACUGCACCUCAGCAAUGGGAACGGAGCACAGCUCCCAGCCUCAGUUUCUGUUUGCAGUUAUGACGUGGAUCAAAUGCUACUGGACGCCCAGCAUGAACCUAGAUGAUGUCACCCCCAGAGUGUCCACUGUGAUGACCCACAAGAUACUAGAGUUUCUGAACUAGACACCCACAGUGUUGGAGGAAAAACAGCCCUCAGCCCGAAGAAGAUUAUAUCAAGAGAAGAAAUUGAAAGCCUUUUGAAGAAAAACUCAGAUUGGACAGGGGAUUGGUCAAGUCGGUCUGAAAACAUCCCCCCCGCCCCCGCCUCCAAAAAACUGCCUUUAAACAUCUUUAAACACCAAACAAAGCACACAGCCUCUCUCGGCAGGAGGAACACGUGUCUUAGGAAGAAAGGGGACAUUUUCACAGAAGAAUUUCUAAGCGUUUUCCUUCCAUCUCUGCUGCUCUCACGUCACUGGCCAGUGGCUUGGGGAUCGUAUUGGAAAGCAUCUGGCCACCAGUGUCUUUUGAUGGAGACUUGGACUCUGGCUGUUGCACACGGUGGAGAUUGUCUACUAGAGGCUACACUGAACUCUGCUAUUUAUUCUUUGCGAAGCAGGAACUAG